AUGACAGUCGACCCGACCUUUCCCCCACCCCCAACCUCUGUCGACGCUGCACCGCCGACCAACACCACCUUUGUGAAGGACGUCGACAUCAAUCCGGCGCUGAACUCAGACCAGCGUGCGGCAGUCGUCCGACUACUCCACCAACACUCGGCGGCCUUUUCCCAGAACGGAUCUGUUGGCCGUACCACCCUCACCACGUUCACAGUCGACACCGCCGACUCCGAGCCAAUUGGGCAGGCCCCCUACCACGCAUCGCCACGCCAGCGACAGGCGAUUGACGAAGCACUCGAUCGCAUGAUUGCCGACAAGCAGAUUCAACCUUCCUCCUCCCCGUGGUCCAGCCCCGUGAUCGUCGUCACCCAGAAUGGGAAGCCCCGA